CGCAGGAUUGGGGGUAAGUAAAAACGCAGACAUGCAAUUUUGUACGUAUAAAUAUACAUAUAUAUUAUGCGGCUAACAAGAUGAUGGGUCCCCCCUCCCUCUAUUGUACACGGCAUCGCACCAUAUCAAAUAACAUCUCAUCCUAUCGCAUCGCAUCACUGCUUCGCAGCGCAAAUAAACCUCGCGAAUGACCAUUUCUUUCAUUUUGACACGAAAGUUAAACUCACUCCUUUAGAGUACCCCAUCCUGCGAUGCUUUACAAAAAUUAAUGAAAAUAAAUCUCAGCCAAUAAUUCGCUUAGCAUUUUUGCAAAGCUCUGGAUUAGCAGAGCGGUCACACGAUGCUAUAAAAAAAAACGAAAAAAAGAAAAAAGUAUUAAAUUGAAGAAAAAUAAAAUACGCCUUUUCUUCGCCCGUAAGAGAAAGGCAGUACAUGUUUUGUCGGAAAAAACGCAAAAGCCAGCUUAAAAAAAAAAAAAGAGAGGUGAAAUAAAUAUAAAAAUCUACGUUAUUAUGAAUAUAUAAUAUUAUAAACUUUUAUAACGCACAAAUUCGGAUGUACAAAUUCAUAUGCAUAUAAUAUACUUGUUGCACGCACUGAACUUUUUUUUGAACGAAUUUUGUGAACGCCCAAGUGCAAACCAGGGGCUAGCGCUGUAGAGUAG